AUGGCGUUGCCAAAGAGAAUCGUGAAGGAGACCGAGCGUCUUAUGGCAGAGCCGGUCCCUGGUAUCAACGCCGUGCCUCACGAAGAGAACCUGAGAUACUUUGACGUUUCGAUUCACGGACCCGUACAGUCUCCCUAUGAGGGUGGCAUUUUCCGCCUCGAACUGUUCCUGCCGGAUGAUUACCCCAUGACUCCUCCCAAGAUCCGAUUCUUGACCAAGAUCUACCACCCCAACAUCGACCGCCUUGGACGUAUCUGCUUGGAUGUCUUGAAGAACAACUGGUCGCCUGCUCUACAAAUCCGCACAAUCUUGCUCUCGAUCCAAGCCUUGCUUGGUGCACCGAACCCGGACGACCCUCUCGCCAAUGACGUUGCUCAGCGCUGGAAGGAGGAUGAACCAGCUGCUAUUCAGACUGCAAAGGAGUGGACGAGAACACAUGCUAUGACUUAA